AUGUCGGGCGUCACCGCGGGGCUGAAGGGGGUGAUGUCAUCGGGCAAGGGGUUCAGGGAGUUCCUGCUGAAAGGCAAGAUCGUGGAGCUGGCGGUGGCCGUCGUGGUCGGCCUGGCGUUCAGCAAUCUGGUCACCGCCAUGGUGAAGGCCCUCAUCACGCCGCUCAUCGCAGCCAUCUUCAGGGGCGUCAGCUUCAGC